AUCCCAAAAGACUUUCUUGAUACUUUCCUUAUUUCUUCUAGAAUGAAUAAUAUUUUCUGUUUUUCAAUCUUCCCUUCUAUUAUAUAAUGAAUCUUUCUUGAAUGUAUGAACGACAAGCACAACGCCCGAGAACAAUGGCAGCCUCCAAUAGAAAAAUCUCGGCAGCAUCAUCUUCCUCGGGUGUGUUUUCAAAGCUCCCAGGGAUUCUCUUGCUGGGUUUAGUCGCAUUGCUUUACCAAGCAAUCCAACCUCCACCUCCUAAGAUUUGUGGAUCAUCAAACGGUCCUCCUGUUACAUCUCCCAGAAUUAAGCUCAGGGAUGGCAGGCAUUUAGCGUACCUGGAAUUAGGGAUUCCGAAGGAGAAGGCGGAAUUUAAGAUUGUCUUCAUCCAUGGCUUUGAUUCUUGCAGAUAUGAUGUGUUUCCUGUGUCUCAGGAACUUAUGGAGGAAUUAGGGAUCUAUUUACUUUCUUUUGACAGAGCUGGAUACGGGGAAAGUGAUCCUGAUCCAAAGAAGACGGUUAAAAGUACAGCGCUUGAUAUUGAAGAACUUGCCGAUCAGAUUGGGCUUGGCUCUCAGUUCCAUGUUAUGGGGUUCUCUAUUGGAGGGGAAAUUGCUUGGACAUGUCUGAAAUACAUUCCUCACAGGCUUGCAGGAGCGGCUGUUGUUGCUCCAGUUUCUAACUACUGGUGGUCUGGAUUUCCCCUCAAUUUAUCCACGAAAGCUUACAAUCAACAGGCCUUGCGAGACAAAUUGGCGCUCCGAGUGGCUCAUUACGCUCCUUGGCUUGCGUAUUGGUGGAACACUCAGAAAUGGUUUCCUUCAUCGAGCGUCAUACAACACGACCCUAUAAUUUUCUCUCCACCGGACUUACAGAUCCUUGGAAGAUUUGAAGCUAGAACUCAUUAUGUGGCACAGAUAAGGCAGCAGGGAGAAUACGAGUCGCUGAUUCGUGACAUGAUCGUUGGUUUCGGAGACUGGGAGUUCGAUCCAAUGGAUAUUGAAAACCCAUUUCCUGGCAAGGAAGGCAGUGUUCAUCUGUGGCAUGGAACUGAAGAUUUCAUUGUGCCUGUUAGUCUGUCUAGGUAUGUUAGCCAAAAGCUUCCUUGGGUUAAAUAUCAUGAACUGACUCAUGCAGGACAUUUGUUCCCUCUGGCUGAUGGAAUGGCAGAUGUCAUUGUAAGGAAACUUCUCUUAGGAGAUUAGAAGCAUUUAAGUAAGCUGUAUUGCCUUGAUAUAUCAACUUAUCAGUAUGAGAUAAGAGGAGGAAGUAGUAUGAUUUCAUAUGUAGUGUGUGUGUAUCAGAAUAUGUAAUUUAACUUUUGAAUAAAAUAUGGGGUUUAAAUU